AUGGAAGCAUGGAAGAAAAAAGCAACAAAGCAAAAAAAGAAAUCUCUCCCUCGGGGAAUCGAACCCCGGUCUCCCGCGCUUAUCGGUAUUAAUGACAAGCGGAAAUCAUCACCACUAGACCAAGGAAGAUGCGAUGGUCGAGUUACUGCUCGGCCACUUGGCUGGUUGAUGGCAAUAUUUGCCCAUUUUGACCCCAUGAUCAAAAACUAA